UGCCCCAUCAUUGGUGUCAGUGGGAGGAAUAGUGCCCCAUCAUUGGUAUCAGUGGGAGGAAUAGUGCCCCAUCAUUGGUGUCAGUGGGAGGAUAGUGUCCCAUCAUUGGUAUCAGUGGGAGGAAUAGUGCCCCAUCAUUGGUGUCAGUGGGAGGAAUAGUGCCCCAUCAUUGGUGUAAUUGGCAGGAAUAGUGUCCCAUCAUUGGUAUCAGUGGGAGGAAUAGUGCCCCAUCAUUGGUAUCAGUGGGAGGAAUAGUGCCCCAUCAUUGGUAUCAGUGGGAGGAAUAGUGCCCCAUCAUUGGUGUCAGUGGGAGGAAUAGUGCCCCAUCAUUGGUAUCAGUGGGAGGAAUAG